AUGGAUGAUGAGAAUUAUCCCCUUGAGCCGUUUGACAACUACUCCUACGAAUACUCUUUAAAUGAAACCAGCAACGUCUGCGAAAUGGGUGACUAUUUCCUAUUUUACAUCCAUCUGGCUACCGUCCUCUACACGCUGGUGUUUCUGUUCAGCCUGCUAGGAAACUGUCUGGUGCUAUGGAUCCUGUUCAAGUACGAGAACCUUACCUCUCUAACCAACGUCUUCAUCAUAGAUCUCUGUGUCUCCGAUUUGGUCUUCUCCUGCAUGCUGCCCUUCUGGGCGGUGGAGCAGUCCUUCGGGUGGGUUUUCGGGGAGUUCCUGUGCAGGGCGUCGAACGCCGUGUUCUCCGUGGGGUACUACAGCGGGGUGUUCUUCCUGAGCGCCCUGACCGCCCUGCGGUACGUGUCCGUGGUCAGCCCCCUCUCCACCCUGCCCUCCCAGACGCGGCGCUGCGGCUUGCUGCUGAGCCUGCUGAUCUGGGCUGGCAGCGUCUUAAUUGUGGUCCCUGAGGUGAUUCACACCACAGUGCAAGAGAACCUGGAAGGGCACAAGAUCUGUGAUUUUGCCGAGUGGAAAUGGAAGAAGGUGGACAUUUACCAGAGAAAUGUACUCUUCCUGCUCUCCUUCGGGGUUAUCCUAUUCUGUUAUUUCAAGAUCCUGAUAAUCCUGCUCAGAACAAGAUCUCGCAGAAAGCACAGAACUGUGAAACUCAUCCUGAUUAUCGUGUUGGCUUUUUUCCUGUGCUGGGCACCCUACAACAUCCUCAGCUUCCUCUUUACUUUUCCAUCACCCACCUGUCAGUACCUAAAAGACACCAGCCUCGCCUUUUACAUCAGCCGGCAGAUCGCCUUCUCCCACUGCUGCCUCAACCCUGUGCUCUACGUGCUGGUUGGAGUCAAGUUCAAGAGGCAUUUGUUCCGUUUGUGCAGUCAGUGUUCUCCCCACGGCAGCACCCAAGUCUCCAGCCCCAGGAUCUGCUCUCAAGACAAAUUCCACUACCAAGAUGUGUCCGUCUACUGA